AUGACGGCAUCUUCUUCAAUUCCAUCAACGGGAGUAGAAAGGGAAAGCACAGCAGCAGAGCCAAAUUGGCUUGAACUACCAAAAGAUUUGGCAAUAAACAUUCUCCAGAGGCUUGAUACUAUUGAAAUUGUCACAAGUGUAUGUCAAGUGUGCCCUUUAUGGUGGAAUAUUUGCAAGGAUCCUCUCAUGUGGCGCACUAUUUCUAUGAUCAAGUCUUCACACUAUCACUAUCCGGAAUGGUUACAUAUGGAUUUGGAGAUGAUUUGCCGCUAUGCAGUUGAGCGAAGUUGUGGUCAACUUCAAGAGAUUGAUAUUGAGUUUUUUUUAACCGAUGAUCUCUUUAAAUACAUAGCUGAUUGUGCAAGUCACCUGCGUUGCAUCCGGCUUGUAGCUUGUGAUGCUGCUGAUAACCUUUCAGAAAAAGGAUUUAUUGGAGGCAUGAAGAAACUUUCGAUGAUAGAGGAGCUUGAAGUUUUAUAUCCCAUCAAACUGUCCCAGAAUUCUAUUGAAGCUGUAGGUGGUUGUUGUCCUCUUCUGAAAUCACUGGAAUGUCAUCUCACUUUCGAUAAGGAAGAAAUAUCUGAUGACGAGUUUUUGGCUGUCGCUAAAACAAUGCCUCGACUACGUCAUCUUAAAAUUUCUCGAAAUAAGCUCUCAUCUGAUGGGAUUCUAAUUGCCAUUCUAAAUGGAUGUCCUCUUCUUGAAUCGCUUGACCUAGGAUUAUGUUUUAGUUUGGAUUUGAGUGAAAGUUUGAGGAAAAGGUGUUAUGAUCAAAUCAAAGAUUGUAAACUUCCAAUAGAUUUUCAUAAAUUUUUACAAAUGUUCGAAUGGAACCUAUCUGGUUAUGAAGAGGACUAA